UGUACUAACAGGGUUUCCGUACAAGUUUCCGGAUUUAAAUUCACCGCUUUACAAGUUAUCCAGCGUUUUUAUUUUCUCUGAAAUCGCAAAGGGAGUGAAAUAAUGUCGGUUCAAGCGACAAACCCCAACAAUCCUAUUGUGUUCUUCGACAUUACAAUUGGAGGGCAGGAUGUUGGGCGAAUGAAGGUUGAACUCUUUGCUGAUGUUGUCCCUAAGACGGCUGAGAAUUUCCGGCAGUUUUGCACUGGGGAGUUCCGAAGGGACGGUGUGCCUAUUGGUUUCAAGGGCUGCACAUUCCACAGAGUGAUAAAAGACUUUAUGAUCCAAGGAGGUGACUUUGUGAAUGGUGACGGCACUGGCAUCUGCAGCAUAUACAGAGGUCCUUUCGCAGAUGAAAACUUUCGGGUGAAACAUUCUGCGCCUGGUCUUCUUUCCAUGGCAAACAGUGGUCCAGGAACAAAUGGUUGCCAGUUUUUUAUAACUUGCACUAAAUGUGACUGGCUAGAUGGAAAACAUGUCGUUUUUGGUAAAGUUGUGGAUGGACUGCUGAUUAUGCGAAAGAUUGAGAACGUUCCCACGGGACCCAACAACAAACCCAAGCUCCCGAUCCUUAUUGCACAGUGUGGAGAGAUGUGAGGAAAAAUGGUUCGUGCAAGUGAAAUUAAGCAUUUCCCUAAUGUUGACUGAUGCACCCAUUCAGUCUCACUUUGUACCAUAAACGGAUAAUAAAUUCUUUUAAAAA